CGACAGCUCGGAGCUGCACAGUCCAACAGGGGAAGCUGAGCAGAGGAGUAACAAAUGACUGAGGGGUCAUUGUUGAGUAAGGCAACUCAAAUGAGUCAAAGUAGAUUAUUUGUUCAGCUGUCAGUGGGGCUCCUUCUCAUUGCGGCAGGUGUAGGUGCCUCAUGUCCCAUUGAGUUGAGCCCCUCCAGUGUUGUGGUGCGGUAUGGAGACCCAGUUUCAGUCAACUGCACCGCAACAGUGAGCCAUGAUGGAAUGGGUUGGGAGGCUUCAGUUGGAGGGAUAGGGAUUACAGAGGUCAACCAUUUGCCCUGGAAUGUGGAGAGUUUAACAGUAUGGGGCAUCUCUGCUCUUUGCUUUAUUAACACUAAUGAGCAGUGCCAGAAAAAUCUGAACAUCGUUGUUUACACAUUUCCAGAAAAAAUCCAAAUCAACUCCACCGCUGACUCCAAUGGUAUGAUGGUAGAAGGGGAGGAAUAUAACAUUACUUGUGAAAUCCCCAAAAUAGCACCAGUCCAAAAUCUUACUGUAAAGUGGUACAAUGGAGACAGAAUCAUUGAAUCAGAUGUCUUAGAAAUCAUUGAACCAAAUAACUUAAAAAAUACUAAACAACCAGUGAAACUUUUAUCUACCUUCCCGUUUACACCAACUCGAAACGACAGCGGUGCCAGGUUCAGAUGUGAGGCACAGAUGGACCUGAGCCCAGUAGGACCACAUUUGAAUGUAUCGUCACAGGAGCUUACUAUUACAGUUGUCUUUGGACCAGAUGUACAGUGUUCCAAUAUUAUUGAGCUAAUGGAAAAUGAAUCUUUGGAGGAGAAUUGCAAUAUAGCAGGAAAUCCCACCCCCUCGGUUAAAUGGCUGAAAGAUGGACAACCCUUCAACUCAACCACUCCGAUGAGAAGGGAAAAUGCAGGGAUGUACACACUUCAAGCUAAUGGCUCACUCUCUGUCCAAAAGAACAUCCAGGUUCAUGUGUUAUACGGACCAGAGUUGAACUGCCCAAGCAUUUACAUGGCAGAGGAACAUACUCCUCACAAUCUCACCUGUACUGUUGAGGGCUUUCCUGAACCUGUCAUGGUCUGGUACAGAGAUGAUGAGGUGGUGGAACUUCCAAAGACGUUGACGAGACUUGAUGCAGGACAUUACUUGAUCACAGCUUCAAACAAUCAGUCAAACGUUAACGCCACUGUGGAAAUUAUUGUUCACUAUCAACCAUCAGAGAUAUUUGAGCUUCAAGACCUUGAAGUCCACAUUGGUUCCACUGUGGAGCUGAAGUGCUCCUCCAGUGGAAACCCACGACCAACGUAUACCUGGAAUUAUUACCAGACUGACAAUGUGAUGGAGGAAAAUGAAGAUGGAGUAUCCCGUUUGGAGAUUCACAGCGCUACUGCAUACAACAUGGGUACCUACACGUGCCAUGCAUGGAACAACAAGGGAAGAAUUUCCAGAACAAUCAAAGUGACAGUUAUAGGUGCUGAGCAAGAAUGCCCACUUGAAAUAACUCCAAAUCCAAUGGUGCUUGAGUACAGAAGCAGAGCGCAGGGUGCAACGUGCAGCUCAACAUCCGCCAUCUCCACAAAUGUCAAGAGAAUGUACUGGGAGGGUGUAGAAUCUGAUAAUAUGACUUGGUUUACUAACACCAAUGAAGACUGGGGGAUGACGCCAGUUUGCACUGCAACAUUUCAAGGAAUAGGAAAAUGCCAAAAAUCAUUGAACUUUACUCUUUACAAAAAACCAGACAGUGUUUCCAUUUACCACGUGCGUCGCUUGAGCUCUGUGGAAGAGGGCAAAGAGUUCCAGCUGCGGUGUGACAUUGUCAGCAUCGCUCCAGCACAAAACGUCACUGUGUUGUGGUACAAAAAUCAAGACAUACUGAAAGAAACUGGCUGUCAGCUUGAAAACAACAAAACCUGCAAACUCAGUGAUGUCAGAUCCCCGGUAAAUGUUUCUGCCACGAUUAAUGUCAACCUGCAAAGGAAAGACGACGAAGUGGUGUUCAGAUGUGAGGCUCGGCUAAACCUGAGAUUAAAUCCUCUUCCGACUACAACAUCCAGCACCCUUAAGAUCACUGUCCUGUAUAAGCCCAAAAUUAAUACCACAAAGCUUCCAAAAGAAAUCCCCGUGUUCAGAGGCUACUCUGAGGAGCUUGUUUGUGAAGCAGAAGGUUACCCAAUCCCAAAGAUCCAGUGGCACUACAACCCAGAGUCCCAUGUGAAUGUGUCUAAAGGAAAACUUACUGUGUCUGAGCCGGGCAUCUACAACUGCACUGCCAGCAAUGACGUUGGUUCUGCAUCACAUGUGGUUGAAGUGAUUUUAAAAGAAAAACCAAUCAGUGUUUCCAUCAAUCACGUGGAUAACGUUACCUCCAUGGAAGAGGGCAAAGAGUUCCAGCUGCGGUGUGACAUUGUCAACAUUGCACCGGGAAAAAAACCCACUGUUUUGUGGUACAAAAAUCAAGACAUACUGAAAGAAACUGAUUGUCAGCUUGAAAACAACAAAACCUGCAAAUUCAGUGAUGUCAGAUCCCCGGUAAAUGUUUCUACCACGAUUAAUGUCAAUCUGCAAAGGAACGACAGCGGAGCGGAGUUCAGAUGUGAGGCUCUGUUAGAAACGGGAGCAAACACCCCUCAAAAUACAACAUCCAGCACUCUUAAGAUCACUGUCCUGUAUAAGCCCAAAAUUAAUACCACAAAGCUUCCAAAAGAAAUCCCCGUGUUCAGAGGCUACCCUGAGGAGCUUGUUUGUGAAGCAGAUGGUAACCCAACCCCAAAGAUCAAGUGGGGCUACAACCCAGAGUCUCAUGUGAAUGUGUCUAAAGGAAACCUCACUGUGUAUGGGCCUGGCAUCUACAACUGCACUGCCAGCAAUGAUGUUGGUUCUGCAUCAUAUGAGGUUAAAGUGAUUCUAAAAGAGGACUACCUCCCUCUCAUCGCUGGAUUUGUGGCUGUCACUGUGGUAGCUAUCUCCACCAUCUUCAUCUUCAUCUACUCAAUCUACUACAAGAACACCAAGAUGCGCCACUACAGCCUUAAAAACCCCAAAUUCAGCAUGCACAAUGGGAAUGUAGCUCACAGCAAUGGUGACCUGCAGUUCCCAAUGACCCGACUAUCAAAGCAGUACAUCUGUAUAUAGCACAGAAUAGACUGCUGAGCAAUCUGAACGGUCUGCAUCUCUCUGCCACCAGGGUUAACAGGUUUUUCUUGUUUUGUUUUUUAUUGCUGUUGUUGUUGUUGUUGUUUUUUUAAGUCUGAAUACCGAGCCAAAUACAAAGAAAGACUAUUCUGUCCUCCAAACGUCAAUCACCCUGUUAUUCUCACACAGAUUUCCCCUUACAUUAUAAUCAGAGGUGUAGUCCUAUUUGUAUAAGUAGCGCAUCGAUCACAGGCACACAGCCUUUAGAGUUAUUUGUUUUUAAGGCUAUAUCACCAAAGUGGCAAGUUUAAAUUAUUCAACUAUAACCAUAACAUGCUGCUUACAGCUCUCUCCUCCCUGGAUGUGUCUUCUUUGUUUUCCAUGCUUUCCUGUUUGAUAGGAACAGUCUCUCUUUAACAUUGGUGCCAUCUCUCUUCCUCACUUAUUCUCCAGUGAACUUUAAAUUCUAUAGUUGUUACAUUGUAGGCACACAGCUGUGUGCAGUGCUUUUGGUAUGUGCUGAAACUCUUCACCGAGUCUGCUCUAAAUAUGCAGAGUGAAGAGUCCCUUUCUACUCUGGUGUUUUUCUACACAUCAUACGUGUCAUCUUUUCCACACAGAUUUUAGGUUUAUACUGUAGAGUAGUUUGGCCCUAGAUAGCCCAGCUUUGAUUACUUUUUUUAAACUUUGUUCCAUGAAAUAUUGUUGACGUGACAACUGAAUUUCGACCGAUUAAGCUAACUGUGAAUAUGUUGUUUCCUCUCUGGUGGGAAAAAAAGAGGUGGGGACUAUACCUGCAAUUGUAAGUGUUUUAUCCAUAAGGCAGUAAUACUAGGUGUAAUCACAAAUUUCCUUGAUUUGAAUAAUUUAAAGAAAAAAUAAUGAAAACCAUACUUGAUUUAAAUUUGGCAGGGUCUCUUUAAGGUCCUCUGCUUGUUAACAUGUUCACCACUUCCAUCAUGGCUCCUGUUUUUAGAUCCUUCAAUGAAAGAUCAGUUCUCACUACUCGACUCACAAAACUAUAAUUUCACUGUGAAUCCUAAACUUGAGCAAAUAUCAGCUACAUUGACGAACUGAUGUGACUUCAUAUCCAUGAUUAACACUGAUAAUUAGAUCCGUGUCUCACGAGUCCAAGCCCAAAGGCUGAGCUAAGGUAAGGACUAUGUGGAGUCACCACACAGCACAUUGAAUGCUUUUUUUGUGCCACCAAACAAAACACAAGACUUAUCUCUCGGGGCCUUGCUUCAUCCUUUUCCUAUAAAGAAAGUAGUCAGAAUGUGAUUUACAUUCAGUGAUCUGAAAAUAGCAGCCACACUGGAAGCAGUUUGGUUUUAAGGAAACAACAAAAUAAAGUGAGGGUCAGAAACAUUUAAAUCAGGUUUUUGAUUUAUUUUUUUAUUUUUAUUGUAGCUUUUACUCUUUGUGACUGUUAUUGCACCUGGUGUAGUUACACAAAUGAGCAACCUCGGCUUGAGAUGUACAAGUCUGUCUAUACUACUGGAUUCUUACCAGUUUUCACUGGAUAGAAAGAAGUGAAGGAGCAAUCCAACUCGAAGGUGAAAAAUUUUCCCAUUUUAUUUUUUAUAUCUGAUGCAUGGUUGGUUUCACUAAUGUUGAUGUUUCUGUUAACCUUAAGACUUCAGAUCAGAACCGUAUGGGAUUUUUCACGUCUUUAGGACAUUGUGAAUCUCAGACUGCUGUCCUUUAAACUGUUAAACUCACGGGAAAUGCAAAGCUUUUAUAAACUGCUUUUACUUAUUGCCUGCCCUGCCAGCAGUGCACACACAGCAGUUUUCUUAUUUAACCUCACUCUUCAACGCAUAUCAUAUUGAAUGUCUAUAUGAAUUGUAUAUUCAGGGUAAUAUUUGAUGUAAAUCCAAAAGUUUAUAUUUAUUUAUGAGAAACAGUAAAGGCUGAAUAAUUUAGUGUUGAAAAUGGACUGCGCACUGGUUAGUAAUGCAAAUUAUUGAAGGGUUAAUGGAGUUCAAAUCCUUCGUGUGAAGGCUGAGGAGAACUUUAUGACACAUUUGUAUAUACUGCUGUAAAUAUUUCUGACUGGGGCAAAAGUGUAUUUUGUUAUUAAAAAUGUCGCUUUUUAAAACA